UUGCUUUGGAAAAUGGAGAGAGUCCACAAAGAAGAAGAUGGAGGUGAUGGUGAUGAUGAUGAGGGAUUUUCGGAGCAAUUUUCAUCUAUCAUGGGCAAUUAUAAGCAAUACCUAACACGAAUCAAUAUGGCUUUGAAUGAGAAGGUAAGAAAAUCCAAUAAGCAUGUGGUAUCAACUAAGAAGGUUAAGGUACGCUAUAUAAUCCAUCGAAUCGGCUUAGAAAAUCCAUCAAACACUUAA